GCGGGGUGUUUCGGUUCAAUAUGCAACUCCCAAGAGAUUAUCCUUUUGGAGCUCCCAAAGUGACGUUUUUGACUCGGUGUGUCCAAGGCUACACCAGGUCUCAUCAGUGCUGACGGGCUCGGAUUUCAAGGAUAUACCACAUGAAUAUCAGCGAGCAAGGCAAUAUAUGCCUUGACAUCCUCAAACAUAACUGGUCUCCCGCGUUGUCUCUUUUCAAAGUCAU